UCAAUGUCGUGAAAAAGCUUAGGUCUUCAUGUUGAUUUCCGGAAGCUCUAGGGCAUUGGCAUAUUUUUGAAAAGUUUUUGCAAGAAUUAGAUUAAUUUUGCAAGUUAAACUCAGUGCAAUUAAUUAAUUGGACUUCCAGUAACUGGCUGUGAAAGUUUUGCUACCAUCAAAACAUUCAAUGUCCUAAAUGUCGUCCGCCCAGAUCAAGCCUGAUUUUUACCGUGUUGAACUCAAUAAGACAAUUUGGGAAGUCCCCCAACGAUACCAAAAUUUGAUUCCCGUGGGGGCGGGGGCGUACGGACAAGUAUGGUAAGUAAAUUAGACAAUUGCUCUCUUAGCAAUCACUGUUCAUGGACUUAUAUGUUUAUUAUAACAUGUCGUCUUGGUUUGAUCUUUGAACCUGCAUCCUCAUUAGCGCAACAAGAUUUAUUGGUUAUUUGUGCUGUGUUAAGAGUUAAAUACAUUGGAAUUCCGGUGGAAUUCCAGAUAUCCCGAGAGACUGUUUACUGGGUUAUUCAUCAGUUUUCACUGUUGUUAGUCAGAUUUGUUCUAUAUUUAGGCACAGUCUUAGUUGCUAUUUUUGUGUCAACACCCUUUGGGCAUUUGUGGGAAUCUACCAAGUUAAAAUUUGCUUGCUAGGAAGGUAGAAGAAGUUUUCUUUUAAGACACGGUAUUGAAGUGGUUUUAUUAUAAAGAAAAAAGGAGGUUUUAUUGGAUAUGUGAUGGAUGUUUUGAACACAAGACCUAUUAAUAUGUUGAAUGGAUGUGUCAUGCACUGUCCGCCAGCCCGAUUUGUACAUCAGGUGCAACUGAACAAUGUGACUUGGGAGGUGCCGGAGAGAUACAAACCUCUAAAGUUAGUGGGGUCCGGAGCUUAUGGACAGGUCUGCUCCGCUGUCGACACGCAGCAGAGAAACACCAAGGUGGCCAUAAAGAAAUUGGCCAGACCAUUCCAGUCCGCCAUCCAUGCCAAAAGAACAUACAGGGAAUUACGGAUGUUGAAGCAUAUGAACCAUGAGAAUAUUAUUGGCCUAUUAGAUGUGUUCACAGCAACUACAAAUUUCGAGGAGUUUAACGAUGUAUACCUGGUGUCCCCGCUAAUGGGAGCCGAUCUGAACAACAUAAUUAAGACACAAACCCUCAGUGAUGACCAUGUACAGUUCCUAGUUUAUCAAAUUCUGCGGGGACUCAAGUAUAUACAUUCAGCGGGAAUUAUACACAGGGACCUCAAACCUAGCAAUAUAGCUGUGAAUGAAGACUGCGAAUUAAAGAUUUUGGACUUUGGUCUGGCGCGGCACACAGAAGAUUCCAUGACGGGUUACGUGGCAACCAGGUGGUACAGAGCUCCUGAGAUUGUCCUUAACUGGAUGCACUAUGGUCAAACAGUGGAUAUCUGGUCAGUAGGGUGUAUCAUGGCAGAGAUGUUAACGGGCAAACCUCUUUUCCCGGGAACAGAUCAUAUAGACCAGUUGACAAGGGUGUUGUCGUUAGUUGGAACACCAAAUCAGACACUUCUAGAUAAAAUCAACAGCCCAGAGGCUAGGAACUAUGUGGCAUCUAUGCCAAAGUGGCCCAAAAAGGACUUCAGAGAAGUGUUUAUCGGAGCUAAUCCACAUGCAAUAAACUUGCUGGAACAGAUGCUGGACUUAGAUGCUGACACUCGUAUCACUGCCACGGAUGCCCUCGCUCACCCCUACCUGGCUCAGUACGCUGACCCUAGUGAUGAGCCCAGUGCUGAUGCUUAUGACCAGUCAUUUGAGGAGAUGGAACUCACGAUACCCGAAUGGAAAGUUAAAGUUUAUGAAGAAGUAUUGAAAUUCAAGCCACAGUGAUGCCGGCAAUCUUAUUACUCGUCAAUCUCGUCCAUAGAUCUCUCUGUUCGGGCCUUUCUGCUCUAGACGUCAGGAAUUAAUAAUCAUCUAACUUCAGCGUGCGUUGUCUGGACCCCACAACACGUAUGUGAUGUGGAAGAAAACACUUUCAGAUGCAAUUUUCUUUCUUUGUGAAGUAUAGGUUAAUAUAUAGUAAAACUUGCAACAAAUGUUAGCUGAUAAGAAGACUUAAUAUGUGUAGUAAAACUUCACAACUGCUGCUGUAGACUAGGGGACGGCAAUUUAUAUGACACAGGAUGGAAUCCUUUGCUAACGAAAUUUAAUAGAGAUGUCAAAGCAUAUUGUUGUAUUUAUAUUUCAGUUGAGAAUUUUUCUUUCAAUCAUGCAAUAUCAAAUUCAUGUUACAUUCAUACUGGGAUUUUAAAAUUUCAUCGUAGAUUUCAUUUAAGGAGGUAUACUACGACAUAAUGGCUGACUUCCUUUUCAAUCAUGAAUGAAAAUAUAAAUAUCAGCAAUAUUUGUAUCUUUCUUUUAAAUGUAAUCGCCUAGCUGGGUAGCUCAGUUGGUUAAUGUGUCAACUGCUGAACUGUAGAUUGUGGGUUCGGGUCCAGCAGAGGUUUUAAAUUUUUCUGAUUUCUUUCUAAUAAAACUGCAUUUUUUUAAAAUAAAUAAAGUGAAUUUCAAACCUUUCAAUUUCAAAUUAUUAUUGUACAUAUCCCCCACUUUUCAUCCAUAUCAAAUUUCUAUGGUGUGUUAUUUCUCCUAUCAAGUGAAAGAAGAGAGAAAUUUAUUGAAAUAAGUAGGAAUGAUAUUUAAAAUUUCCUUUCACCUUGUACCAUAAACAAAUGCAAAAUAGUGUUUGGAAAAUUCAAAUUCGCUUAAAUUUGUAGCAGGUAUUCCUUUUCAUAGAUGCCAAACAUGUAUACACAACCAUGGUAAAAAAAAUUAUUUAUCUUCAAGAAAUUUUCAGUGACACUUUCUUCCCCCAGCCGAUACAACAUAUUGUGUUCUAAUGCUUUAUACCUCUAUAGAAGAUAUUGUGUCAAAUCAACAAGAAACGGAUUUCAAAAGUCAAGAAAAGAAAAUUGUUGAUGUUCAUAAUAGUAGUUCAUAACAGGCAUUUCAGAAGUCAGUGUUGUGCUGGUUAUUCACAGGCUGGUUUAGAAUAUCUGUAGAUCUAUAGGAAUACUGUCAUCUGAACUAUGAAGUGGAAGUUCUGUAUUUGACAAGUACCUAACAAGUAUUUUCAUUCCAGGUUUUUUCUCCCCCCUUUUAAUUUCAUUAUUUGCUCGGGGGGGGGGGGGGGGGGAUUAAAAAAAAUUGUUGUGAUGUUUGUUACAUUGACUUCCAUUUUAAAAAAGAUGAAAUUUGAAAAAUGUCAUGUUGCUCAGAGUCGUGUGAAAAAUUUAAAUUCAUGAAAUUUAAUUAUUAUAUGAAUACAUGUGAAUUGGAAUGAUAUUCUAAAUGUGUAAUUUAAUGCAGUGUGUGACACCUACAGAAUAUGAGAUAUAUGGACACACGAUUGUUAUUUUAUAUGAAAAGGCAAAGAUAAUGUUUUGUCACCAUACAUGUAUAAAAUAUGAUUAAUAAUAAUGCUGGUAUCUCUAUGUCAUAAUGUAUUGAUAGAGGAAGUGAAGCAAUACAAUCCUCUGUAUUUACUGAUCAACAUACUGGUACACUGAUAUUUAAUGUGACCCAAGAUAAGUUCAAUAUGCAAACUCGUGUCUAGAUGACGAAGAGCACCGGGUGUAUGUCUGUAAUGCAGGACCUCAUUAUACCAGUGGACAGGUUUAUAUGAUUAUUUUGUUCCUCUUGGUUCAGUUGUUAGAGAUGGUUGCCAUUGUCUUGUUAAUAGAUUUGAAAUUUUCUGUUGAUUUUUGAUAGAUUUUUAAGAAAAUCUUUAUGAUAAUAUGGCAGUUGAUUUGUACAUAAAUUUAUUUUUUCAUUGCUUUCACAUUUUUUAUAAAUAAAGAAGACAGUUGUGCUAUUCAUCGUUAUAGAAGUCACGUGACAUUCUGUGAACUUUGUCAUCCUUUUUCGUGUAGCGAAUAUCGUAGUUUUUCAACAGUCAUAAGUUGAAGAAUUUUCUCUUGUUGUGAAUACAUUAAGAUAUGUAUUAUGUUCACUGUGCUAAGUGUACAGGAAAAAGCACAAAUAAAUCUUUCCUUCAACUGA